AUUGUCAGAGCUGUCCCACUGGAUACAGACUGUAAUUCAACGUCUAUUCCAUGUUGGUUGUUGUGGAAACAACGUCAAUUCAAACAGUAUGCCCAGUGGGGUGGGUCUUUGCAUAAACUAGCUAAAUGGAGAGAAAAAAAAAUAAAAGUUAGCCAAAGUGUAAUGAUUUUGAUCUAAUAAUUAUUUUGUGAACACUCAAAAGUAGGCUACAAUAAAAGCAUUGAGUGAUAAAUAAACCUAUUUGAGUCGGAUAUUCACACUUUGAACUUUCUAAUAUGCUCGGCAAGAAUGAUCAUGUUUACGUUAGCGUAUCCGUCUGCCCAUGCCCGGAAGGGGUCAUUUUUCCGUCUUGUUUCGCUAGGAUAAUGCGGGAAGUGAGUGAUUGACAAUGCAGAUGUUCUGUCCAUGAACUUCAUCUGGUAUGCAUACGUCGGUGAUUCCAGAGAAUCUGACUGGAAUGUCUUAGUUUCUUUAUCAUCUACAGCUGUCAGGCAUGCGGACUAUCUUCUCCGGUCUGUCCAGUAUCCACAUCUCCUUCUCCAAAUCAGAGCAAUUCGUUUCUAAAAGCCAGGGAUAGGCUACAGUAUGUGAAGAGGUAAGAUGGCCACCCCCUUUGUCCCAGUGCCUGUCCCCAUGGAACGGACCCCGACCUGGCCCAAGAGGACCCCCCCCCUGGGAAUUAUCUCUAGCUCUGGCAUUUCACCUCCUGGAAAGUCCCCCUGGGUGAAGGCCACUGGGUCCUGGGGGGCCACGGUAGCCUGUCCGAGCCUCCCCCAGGCGUGUUACAGCCCCGAGGGGUACAGGACAUCCAGAGGAGGAGAGCAGGGGUCGGUCAAGGAGGAUGGUACUCCAGGGGACAGUUGGGAGAGGCCCCUCACCCCUACCCUGCUGGGCUAUGAGGUCAUGGAGGAGAGGGCAAAGUUCACGGUGUAUAAAAUCUUGGUGAGAAGGAAUGAGGAAGAGAACUGGGUGAUCUUCAGAAGGUACACAGACUUCGCCAGACUCAACGAUAAGCUAAAGGAGUUAUUUCCCAGGUUCAGACUAGCCCUUCCACCCAAGCGCUGGUUCAAGGAUAACUACGACAUGGAGUUUCUGGAGGAGAGACAGUUAGGCCUACAAGCCUUCCUACAGAACCUCAUAGCACACAGAGAUCUCACCAACAGUGAAGCGGUCAGACAGUUCCUUUGUCUGGAUGACCCGCCAGGCCCCUUUGACAGCCUGGAGGAGAGCAGGGCUUUCUGUGAGACGCUGGAGGAGACCAACCACCGUCUACAGAGGGACCUGUCGGAGAAACAGCGAGAGAUUGACUCUUUGAAAACAGCCCUGGAUGAGAGACAGACCCACAUUGGGCUCCUGGAGAAGAGAGUGAAUGGUAAGUCCCCCAGCCCAGAGGGCCUUACUCCGGAGAGCAGCAGACUAUCAGCCCUAGGCAGUGAGAACAGCUCUGACACAGACACUGCCGCAGACAGACACAGAGACACAGACGGAGAGGCGGACAUAGACACAGACAGGGGAUCAUCCACUGCAUUGGCGGCUGACCAGGAGACAUGUCCUGAAAGAAGAAGCUCAGAAAUCCAAGGGCCACUCAAGGGUCAUGGGGCGUACUGGUCAUCUGCGGCCAUUGAUUGUUCACCAGACGCUUUUAUAAAUUCAACAACUCCAUAGAAUGAUGUGGAAUUCUGCAUUUGAUUCUGACCUGGAACCUGGAAAAGUAUAUGAUUCCAAGAUGGACUGAUGAUGAGCUACGAGUGUAUAGACUUCAUGUACAGAUUCUUGCUUGUAGUGACUGCGUUAAUGGGUGAUUGACGUUUUCAUAUAAGGUGUGUGUGUGUGUGGGGGGGGUCUGUGUGUCUAAGGAUUCUAGUAAUAUACUGUAUAUGAGUAUUGAUUUCCAACACUUGUUCUGCUCUCAUCUAAUGCCUUGGUUGUAUAAUAAUCAAGUGAAGAUAUACUGCAAUAUGUGUCUAACUGCCUUACAUCAAUCUCUUUUCUACAAAGCUAAGUACUGUAGUACUGUACUCAGGUUCUCCUCCCUGCGAAAAGCAAUACUUAUAAACUUGAUUGAUCUUAAAACGC